AUGUCAACUUUUACUGCCAAUAACAGCCGAAAGGCAAUGUCGAUCUCCUCGCUUGUCAAAGAAGAUACCACCACCACAACACCAACGCCUCCAGAUUUUGAAGAGGAAGAACCCUAUCAAUUUCAAUGCACCGAGCCACCGUAUCAUCGUAGUAGCAACAACAGCGUCUAUGAUAGUAGUGAGCCUAUGUGCAUGUUAUCGCCUCGUUCCAUGUCAGAGCGUUUAGAUCGAGAAAACGGAUCCGCAGCAGCAUCUGCAGCAGCACAUGAAGGGGUCUUGGGUCAACGAAGUAAAUCCGCAGCCUCGUUUUUCGAUAUCAACAGCAAGCAUACAUUGGAUGAACGCCGUCGAAGGAACAAAGAAGCAUCCGCACGUUACCGUGCUAAAAGAAAUCAGCAAAAUGAGCACAUGCGGUCCUUGGUGGAACAGUUGCAACAACAAAACAACGUCCUAUUUAUGGCAUUGCAAGAGGCUUAUCAACAUCAAGGUCGUGCUGCUCCAAGGAGUAUUGAAGACCUCAUGAUGUCCAUGAAUAUCAAAGGUAGUGAGUGCACCACUACUACUACCAACUCUACCAACUCUUACUCUGUAUCACAGAAUAGUCGCUAUUAUCCCUCACCCACUCUCUCUAAUGCGUCCUUGCAAGAUCGUCUGUAA